AUGGCGUCGGCCUCGUCCAGCCCGCCUCGCGAUGAUGAUCGCUUUAACCUAGGUCCCAGGACCCCUUCCGGCUUAGCCAGGCAAGCGCGUGCCGCCCUUCUGCGCCACAGCCCCGCCACCCGUGGGGGCGGGAUUGGCGUCUCUCGCUCUGCGCUACGGACGGCAUACACGCCGUCAUCGCCGCUUCACGCGGUGUCCUACGCUGCAGCCACAGAAGGGGCUCAGCGCGCUGUGCAUUUUGACUCUAGCGAACCCGACCCGCAGCCCAGCGACGGCCCCGUCUCAAUCGCCAAUGCCGCUGACAAGCUCGUUGUCGCGCAGAACGAGGUCUAUAGCGCCAAACUAGCCGUGUUCAGGGCAUUCUGCUCCUCAUUCGACGACGCAGCGAAACAGUUCACUUCUGGAACCGCACUUCAAUUCGCCCAGAAGUUUUCCAGCAGCUUCCUGCAGUACUGGACCGACGUACUCGCCGGCACGCACACCAACCUCCCUCCGACGAAGCCCUCCUACGCAACUGUCGUCGGCGCCAGACGCCCAGCCCCAGCUGCUGCGGGGACCACCGCAGACCCUGUCACCGCAGCUCCGCAAAAUCAAUGGCAACAACAGCUGCCCCCGCGUCGUCAGGGGCAACGCAAUCCGCUGCCUCCACCGACAGACGAUCUCCGGGUCUUCGCCCGCCUCGGCGCCGGCCAGACCGCCGACAUAUCUCGAAGUUUCGCCGUGCGGACCCACAUCGCCGACAAACUCGGCAUCGACCAGAGCCGCAUCCCGCAAGCCCAUCCUUGCAAAACCGGAUGGGCCAUCCGCGCUGCUGACUUGGCAACCAGGGAUUUUCUGACUGAGCGACAAACUGAAUGGGCUUCAGACAUCUCCGCAGAGAUCGUUGAAACGCGACAGGAGUGGUACAAGUACGCAGUGCAAGGCUGCUCGCGCCGCCUUAAUAACAUUUUUGGGGAAGCCAUCGACGACGAGAAGGCGAUCCGAGAUGAAGUCGCCACGCAAACGGGCCAAACUCCAGUGAUGGUGAUAACCGCGAAAGAGGACUCGGACCAGAGUCCGACCCGAACCCUGAUCAUAUCCUUUGCCAAGGAAGUCAAGCACUACUGGCGCCUUUUUGACACAACAAGCUACGCAAGACGCAUCACCAAGACCAGACCCCCGAAGCAAUGCGACAAUUGCUGGGACUACCACUCUCGCUAUAGCUGCGGACGCCAGCCACGCUGCAAGAACUGUGCACACAACAAAACCGGCAUCCCCUCCGCGGGAAGUGUCCUCGAGCCCCGAAUCCGAAUCAGCGACAGCGAGCUACACCACCUCCACGUCCAGCCGGAGUACACCCACAUCAAGCGACGCAAGCACACCGGAGCCUGA